GUAUGGAGAUUAGUUGGGUAUAGGUCUAUACUAACUUUGGCUAAACCUAGCGGACAUACGAGCCAUAUAUAUUACAUAAUCAUAGCACACUAACAGUAUACUAUGAUAUAUUACCCCCAACUAAUCACGUACAAAGUUACAUACAUGGUAACUCGUAAACGGACAUGAGGUAUGUAAAACAGAACUUCCGUAUUAUAACAACUACCGUUGCCCCACCAGGCGAAGUAUGAGUCUUUUCAUCCAUUCAAAACAGAGGCAAUAUUGCGAGUUACCGAGAAAUCAGUUGAAAGCAGCACUCAGGAGUGGCGAUUAAGGAAGCGCAUCCAACGCAUAUGGAGAGUGCGCCCUUUUGUCUUUCAGUAUAUCUUCUAUGUCUUUAUAGAUAUAGAGUGAGUUAUAAUAGGAAUCUCGAUCAAUUUGGUUAAACUUGAAUGUUUACGUUUUGCAGCGUCUGUGCGCAAAAGAGGUAUGAAAAGAAACACAAAAGUUUUUGCUUUUGUAGCUGUCUUGGUAAUUGGGUGUUUCAUUUAUAAAUUGGCAGUCUCAUUUAUGUUUUCAAAACAAAUUGAGUCUUGCGCGAAGCAAAAAGCUGUUCACAAAAUAAGGACGGUCGUAUCAGUACAGCGACCAACAGAAACAGAAAUAAAGAGGGCAAAACAUGCUCGAGAAAUUAAAGAAGAAUUGAAAAGUUUGUGGCAGGCCACUGAAUUUGAGUUUAAGAGAGUUUUAAGUUCGAACGAUCGCAAAAGAUCUAUUGACCAAGCUGAGAAAGAUCUGCUGCAAAGGAUUUGGGCUUUAGAAAUUAAAUUAGAAACCGUUCAAUCGUUGGAUCUAACGUGGCAAGCUGAUGUAGCAAAUAAAACAAGCAAUUUGGUGUCGGAUCUAAUUGAAAGUCAUCAGAACCCAAACAACUGCAACGAACGUGGACAGUUAUUUGGACACCCGGAACUCUGUGGUUACGGAUGCAUGGUACAUAACAUCUUGCAACAAUUCUACAUGGCGCUGUCUAAUAACAAGACCCUUUUCACUUAUUCUACCGGUUCAAUUUACUUGGGAACCCGAACAACUUUAAAGAAGCUUUUACAACCAUACAGCAAAAACUGCUCGCCUCGAACUGGGGACUGGAAAGAGGUAAAAACAUUCAGCGAUUUAAAGGUGAACGAGCUAUCCUAUAUAUUCAGUGAGCAUUGCACCAUGCCUGCACUCCGUCGUUAUUCAGUGUUUACCGACGAGUUAUGGAAUUCAGUUGAACUUUUUCAUGGAAACCCUAAAGCAUGGCUGGCCGGGAAACUGGUCCGCUACAUUACUAGACCAACACAAGAAUUUUUUGAUGCAAUGAAUAAAUCGGCCGCAAAAAUUGAUUUUACAAGACCAAUUGUUGGGUUACACAUAAGAAGAUCUGACAAACUAAGUUUGGUCGGGGAAUACGCGAGAUCUCAUUUAUUCAGUGAUUACAUGAAACACGUCGAGGAAUGGUAUGGUAAACAUGAGAUGCGAAAAGCUAUGGAAGGUUCCAGAAACAAAGUAGAACGAAGAGUUUACUUGGCGACCGAUGAUCCAGGAAUCUGGAACGAGACACUCAAUUACCAAGGAUACGUGUUCAUUGGACAAAGUCAAUUUACGAAACGCGCGAGUGACAAAGCAACACGAGAUACACCAUAUGGGUUGGUUCAGAUUGCAAACGAAAUUAACAUUCUAUCGAUGUGCGACUUUAUCGUUUGUACUUUAUCGUCAGAGGUAGGAACCCUUGCAUACGAGUAUAUGCAAACCUUACACCUGAAUGCUGCAGAUAGAGUGAUUUCAUUGGAUGCGGAAUACGGCGUGUCUGGUGCACCAGUUGAUGUACAACGAGUUUUAUACAGCCAUAAUGUGGAAGGGGAACUUUCUUUACGGCCUGGCAUGUUAGUAGCUGGGUACCAACAGUGGAACGGUUAUUUUAAUGGUAAUGUCCAUGAUAAAGUUAGGCGUGAUGCUGGUAAUUGGAAAUUAUACCCAAGUUACAAAGUACAAGCAAUACCUCCGCCUUUUGCACUUAAAAAUGGUAAACUGAAUUUGGUGUUUUGAACAAUUAACAACGCUCUUUUAGUCGUGUGGUAGCCUACGAUUAUAUACUUCUGUAAAUACUCUUUGUUUACAACCGAAUAGGACGAAAAAAAAACAACAGUUGAAUAUGUAAUGGUUUUGUUUUAUUCUAUAUGCUGGCUGGUACCCUAAGGAGAGUUCCACUCGUAGGAAUUGGAUCCGAGCUGGUCCAUUACGCAUAUGCUUGUUACUAUGUAUACUUAUCAGAGAAGAACAUGCCUAUUUAUUAAAGUCUGGCUCUCUUGUUCCUAUUUGCGAUACUUCUCGAAAAUACCCGGAUGUAAAUUCACCUGUAGUUAGCGAAGUUUUGUAGUUUUGUUCUUCAUUAUAAAACGAGAUGUCUCUUACAAGUCUACUCCAAUAAUCAUACAAAGCAUGCGUAUCCGUUUUGACGGCAGAAUUACACAGAAUAAAGAGAAGUUUACCGAAAUAUUCAGUUUUGUAAUCGAUGCCGUGUAAUCAACCAUCGGUAUAAGAAAAAACACGGGAAUGUAGCAAAUGAGUCAAAAAAAAUACCAGAUAAAAGGUCAGUAACCCCAUCGGUAA